AUGGCUUCCCAAUUUCUUCUAGCGCUUGUUGUAAUAGCAAUACUGUGUUUUGUGUACAUUAAGAAAAAAUACGAAUUCUGGGCCAGCUAUGGUGUUCCCUACCUGGAGCCGGAGUUUCCUUAUGGAAAUUUUAAAGAAGCGGGUCACACUUCAAUGGCUGAUUUAUCCACGAAGCAAUACCGACUAAUGAAGGGCGAGGGAACAUUUUUCGGGAUGUAUUUCUUUCUUCAGCCGCUGAUAAUGGUUACCGAUUUGGAUCUUGUAAAGACCAUCCUUAUUAAAGACUUUAACUUUUUCCCUAAUCGCGCGAUGUAUUACAACAUCAAGGAUGAUCCGCUGAGUGGGAAUUUGUUUGCCGUUGAGGACAACUACUGGAGGACACUGCGGACCAAAUUGUCGCCGACUUUCUCUUCCGGCAAGAUAAAGCUGAUGUUUCAUAUUUUGAAAGCUGUGAGUGAUAAUUUGACUGACUAUUUGGAGAAUAUGGUUGGAAAAGGGAAUGAGUUAGAGGCCAAGGACUGCAUGGCUCGUUUCACUGUGGAUAUCAUAGGAAGUUGCGCGUUUGGAAUCGAUUGCAAUAGUUUCAACGAUCCGGAUAGUCGGUUCCGGAAAUUUGGGACCCAGGUUUUCGACAAACCGAGACAUCGAGGAUUGGCUCGAUUGUUUCUGCGUUUAUUUCCAGAAGUAGGAAGAUCAUUGAACAUAAAAGCCGUUCGUGAUGAUGCUUCCGGUUUUUUCAAUGGAGUGGUCAGGGAUACGGUGAACUACCGUUUGCGAAAUGGAAGCAAUCGCAAGGAUUUCCUCAAUUUACUUUUGGAGUUAAAACACAGCGGAGUUUAUUUGAGCAUGGACGAAAUUGCUGCUCAAUCUUUCAUUUUCUUCCUAGCUGGGUUCGAAGCAUCUUCCUCCAAUCAAACGUACUGCCUAUAUGAGCUUGCAUUGAACCAGGAGUGUCAAAAUAAGGCCAGAAAAUGUGUGCAACAAGCGAUCACAAAACAUGGAGGAUUAACCUAUGAGGCCGUUUGUGAUAUGUCAUAUCUAGAUCAAUGCAUCAAAGAAACACUGCGAUUGUAUCCAUCUGUGCCAGUACUUGAGCGGAAGGCUUUCCAAAAUUACCAAAUCCCAAACACAAAAGUCGUCAUUCCAAGAGGCACACUCGUUCAAAUCCCGGUAUUUGCCAUUCAUCGUGAUGAAAAUAUUUAUCCCAGCCCUUUGGGUUUCGAUCCAGACAGAUUUGCACCUGGAGAAAUAAUCAAACGGCAUUCGUGUGCUUUUAUUCCAUUUGGCGAAGGUCCACGCAUAUGUAUCGGUCUUAGGUUUGGGAUGCUACAAUCUCGAGUUGGGCUGGCAACAGUGUUGAACAGGUACAGAGUAACAACGUGUUCUAAAACCACUAUUCCGUUAGAAUAUUCGAGCUCAGCCAGCGUUCUACAACCGAAAGGGCCUCUCUGGUUACGUUUUGAACCUUUAUAG